ACAGUGACUUGGUAUCAGCUCUGACGUCGGGUGCAUGUGACAGAGUUAAUGCAUGUGCAGAAGUCUGUAUGUUCUACAUUGCAUCUCAAGCUGUUUACUGCUUAGUUGAAGUCACGAGGACAAAAAAGUCUCUCAGUGUUUGGACAAACUCCAACUAGACGUGCAUCAGUUCCUUUGGGCAGCAUGCCAAGAAAAAAAUGUCAGCAUUAUUUUCCUCAUUGCACAUUUAGCUGUGUCAUUUUAAUAUAGGUCAUCUUUAUGAAACAACAGGUGAAACAAGAAUAUUGAGCAUUUCAGAACUGUGCCUAUCCAUAGCAUUCAGGGUGAUAAAUAUGAUGUUUUCUCACUUUUUACAGAUUUUAUCAUUUUACAAAGUUUUAUCACAGAAAGCGUUUGAGUUACUAUAUUUACAUUGUUUAUUGUAAUGAGGAAAAAAAAUACUAGACAAGAAGAAUCAUAAUUAAGCCUUUCAAAUGUUAAGUUCAACAUAUUUUCCCCUGUGUUAUUGUGCAUGUGUACGUAAAUGAUGUACAACACACGACAAAUUCUGAAGGGUGCGUUAUUCAGUGAAGUGUGCGGUGAGACCAGUCUGACAUGUCUGUCUUCUACUCUUCACCCCUGGCACUGUUAAGCACCUCUUCAUGGGACAGCGAAUGAGGGAAAAGACACACCUCCCUUUAUACCUUCAGGUCUCUCAAAAAACAUCAUUUUCUCAGCUUCCUUGCAGAGCUCCUCGUCUGCCCUGCAGAUUGAUGAUUGCAUUUUAUUAACACAACACCAGAAAAAGGUAAUCAAAAUGCCAGCCAGCCUUUGUGGAACAUGGGACAUGAUCAGCAAUGUCAACCUGGAGGGCUAUAUGAUUGCAAUCGGUAUCAGCUGCUGUGUACGUAAAGUUGCUCUGAGGCUGAAGUUUAGGAAGGUGAUUGAGCAGCAUGGGGAUCAGUUUAUCAUCAAAACUAUCAGCAGCUUUCGAAACUACACUAUGUCCUUCAGAGUUGGUGAGGAGUUUGCGGAGUUCACCCAGGGACUGGACAACAGACAUGUCAAGUCACUGGUGACAUGGGAGGGAAAUAAACUGGUAUGUGAACAGACUGGAGAGAAGAAGAACCGGGGCUGGGCUCACUGGAUUGAAGACAACAAGCUACAUCUGGAGCUGUACUGUGAAGGAGAAGUCUGCAAACAGGUUUUUAAGAAGAAUGUGAACGAGUGAAGAGGAAUUCAGGUUGUGUUUCUAGAGAAGUUACUCUGUGAUUAAAGCCACUGUGUGUUAGAUCCACCACUGUAUAGCUGUGAAUAACAAAAACCAAACUAAAAGUUAAGUUUGUGGUAUUUUCUCUGUAAUGUGACUUAGUCAAGGAGAGAAUGUUUUUCCUGUCAAGGUGUGGCUUUACACCACUAGAUGGCAUCACUGCAUUUUUUUUUUUUUUCUGAUACUCACUGAUCUGAAGCUGAGUAGUGCAGGUCUCAGUUUAAAAAAAAAUUGAACUUCAAGUCUGUUUUGGUUCUUUUAAGCUGGUUUAAGAUGCAGUGCAGGCUCUGUUUAGUGGAGACUUUUUGUUUCCUUUUUCUAUGUCUCUAUUUUCAGAUAGGGCGAAAUUUAAAUACCACAUUGUCUUUGCACUGGCUUGUGCUGUCCAUCUGACUUUGAGUUGAGCUAUUUGUCAAAAUAAAAUCCCUCAUUCAUGUGGAUACAUUUAUGCAGCAAUGUGCAACAGAAAGUGAGGAGUAUGAUAUGAGAAAUACAGUUUUAUGCAAAUUGUGAAUAACUAAAUAGGUUUUGAAAGAAAUCUGAGGUGGCAUAUGUUGUUAUUCAGUCAUUCAUUUUGGCAUUCUAUCUUCAGUGAAGAAAACAAAACAACAACAACAAAAAUAAUCUGUAUGGCAUGUGUCAUCCAACUGGUGAUGAUGAGACAGCUGUGAUGUAAUAAUACAAUGAGGCUACAAGGUGAUCGCAAAAAAAUAAUAAUAUGAUGGGGCUUCCAUUGCCUAUUGUGUCAUCUAUAGCUGCAAAUUAUGAUUUGGGAUAUCGGGCUGUAUAAACUACACUGAAAUUAAUUAAAAAAUGUAAUAAGUAAUGUAAAUAUUUUAGUAAUGUCAAUUAAGGAAUGUAUCUCAUUACUUUAGAUUUUUUUUAAAAACUAUUUUUCAUACAAAUGUUUUGAGGUGGGCAAUAAAGAUGACAAUGCUGACUGUUCAUGUA